UUAUCCCAUCCGCAAUGGAACCCGUUCCAGGAUGGGUGGACAAUUUGAACGGACCAGUUGGGCUGCUAGUAGGCGCUGGUAAAGGAGUCAUCCGAUCAAUGCAUUGCAAAGGAGAACAUAAGGCUCAAGUUAUACCAGUUGAUUAUGCUAUCAACGCAAGUAUUUGCAUCGCUCAAGCUGUUGGUUCAAAACAGACCAAGUCCGACGAGGUUCCAGUAUAUAAUUUAACGGUGGAGUCCAAAUUACAAAUAACUUACCAAGAAAUUGUAGAUAAAGGAAGAAGAAUCGUGUACGACUACCCUUUUGAGAUGCAAAUUUGGUACCCUGAUGGUGAUAUUAGAUCUUCGAAGUUCGUGCAUAAUAUUUACAGCGUUUUCUACCAUUGGAUCCCUGCUAUUCUUAUCGAUUUGAUUAUGUUUAUUUGCGGACAGAAAACAUUCAUGAUGAGGAUACAAAAAAAGAUUUAUGAUGGACUGGAACUUUUACAAUUUUUCUCCACCAGAGAGUGGCAUUUUAGAAGCGAAAAAUUUGCAGCGAUUCAGGAUAGUUUGACAAAAACAGACCAGGAACUCUUUCCGAUGUUGCAGUUGAUUCCAAUAGAAGAAUAUAUGCUGGCUGGUCUUCUUGGCGUCCGACAGUAUUGCCUGAAGGAGGAUUUGUCAUCGCUACCGAGAUGUCGAAGGAAGCAAAAAGUGAUGUACCUGCUCCACGUGUUGUGCGUCUAUGGUUUCUAUUUCUACAUUUUCUAUCUUCUGAGCUGCUACUUCAGUGUAUUCAGAGUUCUCUUCGAUUUCGUGAAAACUUGUUUGAGUUACAUUCCAAUUAUAGGUUCAUUUGUUUCGGUGACUCAGUAAUGGAUGGUUAUAGCAGCCCGCAAUUUUUUGUUCACCUGUUCAAUUCUCACACGAAAUCAGGAAAUUGUUUUGUAUAUACAUUAUAAUGAUUAUAGUAUUUGUAAAAAUAUGGCUAAAGACUCGAAGGCUGAUGAAUUUGAAGUUUUGUCAACAUCAUGAAAUUUGAAAAUUCGAAUUCCCUAGGUGUCUCUAUAUCAGGUGCUAAGUAAAUUGUUGAUACAAUAAAUUAUUUGGUGUGGAAAUAUUUUCGUUUUAGAUAAUGGACAUCGGGAAAACAUUUUGUGCAUCACAGAAAAUUUGCUCAACUUUUGGUAUUUUGGUAUGUAAUAUAUCAAUCUAAAGAUUA